GGAAGUGUCUGCCUAGAGUUUGUCGAAGUGCUAACGGCUACGCUAAUGCAUUACAGAUCGCAAAUCGAGUCUCUGGCUGAAUGUGUCAUCUUCAUCCCAGACACAAAUUUACACACUAUCGCCAUGCUACCGCAGCAGUGAACAUUCUCCACGGCAAUAAAAAGAAACGACGGCAUAUCCUUCUGCUUAUCCAAGCGGUGAAACUAGGCAGGUGUGAAUGACCGACGUGGUGCCUACCACCGCCCUCAGUGAAAUAAAGCUCCGCCUACUCUGCCACGAUGACAUAGAGAGAAUAAAAGUGCUCUGUGGAGAGUGGUUCCCCAUUGAGUAUCCAGACUCAUGGUACCAUGACAUCACAUCAAAUAAGAAGUUCUUCUCUCUGGCUGCCACCCAUAGAGGUGGAAUUGUGGGGAUGAUUGUGGCAGAAAUAAAAAGCAGAACGAAAGUGCAUAAAGAGGAUGGAGACAUCUUGGCCUCCAGCUUUCCUGUUGAAACUCAAGUUGCGUACAUCCUGAGUUUAGGAGUCGUGAAAGAGUUUCGCAAACAUGGAGUAGGCUCUUUGUUGCUGGACAGUUUAAAGGAGCACAUCUCCACCACGGCACAGGACCAUUGUAAAGCCAUCUACCUGCAUGUGCUCACCACCAAUAACACUGCCAUUCACUUCUAUGAGAACAGAGACUUUAAACAGCACCACUAUUUACCAUAUUAUUACUCUAUACGAGGAGUGCUGAAGGAUGGCUUCACCUACGUCCUCUACAUCAAUGGCGGACAUCCUCCAUGGACUAUCUUUGAUUAUAUUCAUCAUAUAGGUUCGGCACUGGCCAGUCUGAGCCCCUGUUCUAUUCCCCAGAGGAUUUACCGGCAAGCACAGAAUCUCCUGCGCAGCUUUCUGCCGUGGUCAGGCAUCUCUUCCAAGAGCGGCAUUGAGUACAGCAGAACCAUGUGAGGAUUGUGGGGGGUGGAGGAGAUUGAUUUGUUUGGGUCACAUCAGAUGCCUGGGCUGCUGAAGACUGAUAUCGGUUCUCUCUGGUCUGGAGCAGUGUAUUAUACUUGUACAUUUUAUAUAUAUAUAUAUAUAUACUUUAAUAUAUGCAUUGUCAUUAGUAGAUUUCCCUUUUAAUAUAAACUCUCCACUUCAUGCCUGCAAUUCUGCUGCUGUGUAGAAAU